UAGACGAGUCAGUGGCCUUUUCCUGUGGAGGAAGACUGCUCUCCACCUGUCGGGGGACAGGACAGCAACUGGUCCACACGACAGACUCCGUGUGUUUGUCUUCGUUUGAAUGCCACAUCAUGACGGGACGGAGUUGGCCCCGCGGCCGUGCGCAGCCGGUGUUUUUCGAGGAGAGCAGUCCUGAUGUGAUGGUCAAGGAGCGCUGAGUCUGCCUCAUCACCAUGGACUCACCAUCAACCCAGACUCCCCAACCGUCUUCCUCUUUGACAAGAGGUGGUCACCCCUUGCUUUCCAGCGGCCCCCUCGGCACCAUACUGGGGCCUCAAGGAAAGCAUUACUUCUGCGGCUCAGUUGCAGCUUUAGCCAACAUCAUGGUGACCUUCCCCAUCCACAAGGUUCUCUUCAGGCAGCAACUGCACGGGGUGCUUGCGGUGGAGGCGGUGCGGCAGCUCCAGAGAGACGGACUCAGGAAUCUUUACAGGGGGCUGCUCCCCCCGUUGCUCCAGAAGACCACUACUGUGGCCAUCAUGUUUGGCUUGUACCAGGACUUCUCCCGCGUUCUUCUGGACCAGGCCGAGGGCAGCGGCGUGCCGGAGCUGGCUACGCGAAGCUUCGCCGCAGCGCUGGCCGGAACGGCGGAGGCCUUCCUUGCACCCUUCGAACGCGUGCAGACACUCCUUCAGGACCACCGACACCACGGACGUUUUAACAACACGGCCCACACCUUCAGGACUCUUCUGUCAGAAUACGGCGUCAGGGAGUGCUACCGCGGCCUGGUGCCCAUUUUGCUUCGUAACGGCCCCAGCAAUGUUCUCUUCUUCGGGCUGCGAGGACCCAUAAAGGAACGGCUCCCCGAAGCCACUACUCGGGCAGGUCACCUGGUUAACGAUUUUGUGUGCGGGGGCGUUCUGGGGGCGGCGCUAGGCAUCAUGUUCUAUCCGUUAAACGUCAUCAAGUCUCGGGCCCAGUCGCAGGUGGGCGGAGCUUUCCAGCCCUGCAGCCAAGUGCUGCUUACGGUGUGGCGGGAGCGAGGCGGGAGCGUGGCCCUGCUUUUUCGGGGUGCACAUCUCAACUACCACCGCUCACUCCUCUCUUGGGGAAUCAUCAACGCCACCUACGAGCUGCUGCUGAAGCUCGUAUGAGAGGGAGGGAGAGAAAAUGCAUGGCUGAAAGCGUAUGAACAAAUUAAGAUGUGUUGUCAUCUAGUGUUUCCAGAGAUGACGUUGCACUUCCACUGGGGGAGCAAAAGUCUGCGUGCCCACCCGCAUGACUUUGUGUAACUGUCACAUUUUUCAGCUGUACACAAGGGUCCAAUGGGAGAAAAAAAAUCUUGUUCUCCUCUUGGAGCAAAACUUCCAGCCCAGCACCUUUUUUGUUUACAGUGUCAAGCAAAAAUUAUACAAGUUUUGUGUGUGCUGUGUGUUUUGUGGGACAUUCGUGUCAUUUGUUUGCUAACCCGUGUCGCCAAAAACAUUCAACUGUUUGGAAAGUGAGAAAGAUUGUUCCUUAAUUUAUUUCUUCUGAUAAGUUAAUUUGGCCAUGUUCAACUUUAAUUGUCACAACUAUGUUAAAAGGGGAGUUUGCUAAAAUAAAAAUAAAAGUCAUUAUGACUUGGCAUAUAUUAUCUGUGUGGGGGGGGGGGGGAUCAGCCAUCUCUUGCCUUGGUACUAGGGAUGUCUCGAUCCGAUCACGUGAUCGGAAAUCGGCCGAUUUCAGAGGAUCGAAAUUGUUGGAAAAGUAUUGGGUUUUUAAUCAAAGAAAUAUAUUUGAUUUUCUGCUUCAUACCCGUACAGCGCCACGGCCUCUCACCCACCCUCCUGCCACCAAACUGUCCAAUGCAGCUUAGUUUGGUACUUCAAGUUAACGAUAAUUGACAAGUUUGUAGCUUUGAUCUUGCCAGAGUAGCUUGGGUAGCUCUACAAUCAAAGGCACAAAUGUGUUAAUCAUCGUUAAACUUGCAGCCCAGUCAUAAAUGUAGUGUUGCAACUCAGCACAACUCAUUUGGUAAGUGAGAGGCUGUUCUGGGCAGCGCGAGUGUAAUUGAGUGGACUCACUCAAUGAAGCAUUGAAGACAGGAAUUUUACAUUAUUCAGGCAGCACGAUGGGACAGUGGUUAGUAGAGGUGGGAAUCUUUGAGCACCUAACGAUUCCAUUACUGUUACGACUCAGAGAUUCCAAUUCGAUUAUAAAUCUAUUAUUGAUGCCCCCCUCCCCCCAUUUUUUUUUUUUUUUUAUGUUUUGUAUAUUUGUUCCAAAAUUGUUCAAAAAUCCUCUCAGGCCAAAUAAACCAAACUACUAUUUUAGUAUCAAGUUACCGGUUAAAAACAGUAAAUAAAAAUACUCAACUCCCCAUUCUGUAUCAGCAUCUUUAAACUACAUUCAAUUAAUUUAAUGUUGUGAAUUAACCAUUAAAGUUGUUAGAAUUGUGCCCGUUAUUGCAUAAUUUCCCUCAUUAAAACUGUUUCAUCAUUUAAAGAUAGAUUCAAGUCAAGAUUUUGCCGAUUUAGGGGUAUUUUAGAUAAAAAGUAAUUAGGUUCUCUACAACAGAGCCUUCUAGAGAAGUCUACUGCUUUAAGAUGGCGCCUGUUUACUAGCGCGGGAAAGUCUGUCAUUUCACAUCUAGUCUAGAUAUAUGUGAUAUCUAUCGUAGCCGUAUGUUGCCGUAUGUUUGUAGCAACUAGCAACUGGACGCUGUUUGUAGCUGCUGACGGCCGCAGUCAGGUAUUAUUAGCUGCACAUGAUAUUUACUCUCGGUCCAUUCCUCAUUGCGUCCCGAAGACCGCGCUGACUGCGUUUUAUUUCAGUUUACCUGGUAUAAUUCAAUAAUCGGUAUUUGGAUGUUUGUGAAUCGUUCUCGAAUCUUCCACGGCCUAAUCGUGAAUAAUCUAAGAAUCGGAAAUUUUGCACGCCUCUAGUGGUUAGCACGUCCACCUUACAGUUCUGGGAUUGCGGGUUCAAACCUGGCUCUGGUCCUGUGUGGAGUUUGCAUGUCCUUCCCAUGCUUCCAUGGGGUGUUCGCCAGGUUCCUGCCACAUCCCCCAAAAAUGUGCAUAGUAUGGUGAUUGAACACUCCAAAUUAGGUGCAAGUGUGUGUGUGACUGGUUGUGUGUCUAUAUGUGCCCUGCGACUAGCUGGCAAUCUGUUUAGGUUUAGGGUGCACCUGGAGUUAGCUGUGAUAGGCGCCAGCGACCCUCGUAAGGAUAAGCGGUUCAGAAGAGAGAAUGUUAUGGAGAGUGAUUAAAAGUAUGGCGUUACGCGUGAUGCAAUGAAAAAUGUGGGUGCGCCUACAUUGGUUGGGCGCACUGUGUAGCCAAUGCAAAAAGUAUGUGUGGAGCCUUGGCAAUCUAUGUCGCAAUGUUAUUUUUUCCCAAUAUCGUUCAGGCCUAAUUUUUUUUUUUUUUUUUUUUUUACUUUUUAAGGGCUAAUAAGUAAAAAAAUAAUCCAGAAAUACAAUUGCAUUGCCAAAAGAAACAAAAAUGUAGAUGUUUUAUACUCUGCAACACUCCCGGAAAAAGCGGAAGAUAAAGUACUAUAAAAAGUACAGUACAGUAAUAUGUUUGGAAGUUUUGUUCUAUUUUUAAAAAAUCGGUAUCACAUCAGGAAUCAGUGUCGAAAGAUUCUUAAAAUCAUGUCACUGACUCCGGUGAAAAAAUACGCGAUCGGGACAUCCCUACUUGGUACCCCCAGAAGUACUUUAACUCUGUGGCUGCCAUUGACUGUAAUAAACAUCCACCUCUCCAAGUGAAAAUGGUUUGGACAUCUAUUGCGUGAAUGAGUAUUAUGUAUGAGUACUACCACAGCACAUACUCUGGUAAUACUUCAAGUACAAAGGGUGGCAGUGAAUUAAGGGUCUAUAGAAGCUUAGUUGUGUUGGAAAUGCACGUUUACUGCUUCACCCCAACCUUUGGAAACUAUGUUGCGUUGGGUUAUUCCGAGCGCCACUCAUAUCAAGUGGCAAUCAUACCAUUGUUCUGUUCCUGUCGCAUCAACGUCGUGCUUCAGCCAAAUGGAAGUGGUUGUAAGACCUCUAAAACAGCAUCACGAAAUCAUACCGACUCAUUCACACGUGUAUUUUAAGUUCAGCGCUGAAAAUUAUGCCUUCUGUCAAGUUUGGUUUUCUUGGAUUUGUAGUGAAUAGGGGGUAGUUGUAUAUUAAAUAAGGGGCACAAGAUGGUGCUAGAGAUGGCUGGGUUUCUUCACAGAUCAUAUUUUUCCACGUACUACUUCCCAUUAAUAAUGACUGUUAGGAUACAUUUUUACACAAAAAUAUUAAUUGCCAACUCCCCUUUUUUGUCAGUACUUUUAAUUUGCUUUUUUUUUUUUUUUUUUUUUUUUUUAUGUCAAG